CGGGAUCCCGGAGCCCGAGCCCGCCUGGGGCCGAGGCCGCCCGAGCCGCGCUUCGAGCGAACAUGGCAGCAGAAUGAGGAGGCUGGCGCCGGUUGGUGGCCUUGGUUGCCGCGCUGCAGCUCCAGAUCCGCGCCCGGCGCGCUCCGAGUCGCACCCUUAGUCGGCCUCCCGGUGGCCGCUGGCUUCUUUCAUUGGGAACCAGGGCGGCGGAGAAAGAAGUCCCCGCAGCGGAGCCAGCCCGUGCUUUGGGUGUCGAAUCGUGUGUGCGACCCGCCGGCUGCUGAAGCGACGCGGCAGAGAACCGGUCCGGGCUGCGGCGGCGCGCACGCGGGGAUGAGCCGGCCAUGGAGCGGCCUCGGCGGGGCGCACGGAGCCGGCCGGCGCCGCUGCGGGAGCGCUGCCUGAGCCCGGGCUCCGCAGGGCUUCGGGGCCUCGGGCGCACGGGGGGGUCCCAGACGCUGCCUCCGUGAAGGACGGGAGUCCUGCGUGGGGGACACUGCAGGAGUCACCGCACUGAGGAGCCUAGAGCCUGCUCCGUCCGCAUCUCGGUGCGCUGUCGGCACCCGGGCGCCUUGCCCGGUGCUGGGCGGCUGGCGCACCGCGGCGUGGUCGGCUGCAGGAGCCGGUGCAGGAUUGGCUCGAGAGGUGUGUGCGCGCGCGUUGGACUGGCGAUCGGGGCAGGAGCAGAACCGGGCGACCUGAGCAGCCAUGCUGCCCGGGGUGGGCGUGUUCGGCACCAGCCUCACGGCCCGUGUCAUCAUCCCGCUGCUCAAAGACGAGGGCUUUGCGGUGAAGGCGCUGUGGGGCCGUACGCAAGAAGAAGCGGAGGAGCUGGCCAAGGAGAUGAGCGUCCCCUUCUACACUAGCCGCAUUGACGAGGUGCUGCUGCAUCAGGACGUGGACUUAGUGUGCAUCAACCUGCCGCCGCCGCUCACCAGGCAGAUCGCUGUCAAGACCCUGGGCAUCGGCAAGAACGUCAUCUGCGACCGCACGGCCACGCCGCUGGACGCCUUCCGCAUGAUGUCAGCCGCACACUACUACCCCAAGCUCAUGAGCAUCAUGGGCAACGUGCUGCGCUUCCUGCCGGCCUUUGUGCGGAUGAAGCAGCUGAUCGAGGAGGGCUACGUGGGCGAGCUGUUGGUGUGCGAGGUGCAGGUCCACAGCGGCAGCCUGCUGGGCAAGAAGUACAACUGGAGCUGCGACGACCUGAUGGGCGGCGGCGGCCUGCACUCGGUGGGCACCUACAUCAUUGACCUGCUCACCUUCCUCACGGGCCAGAAAGCCGUCAAGGUCCACGGGCUGCUCAAGACCUUCGUCAAGCAGACGGACCACAUCAAGGGCAUCCGCCAGAUCACCAGUGACGACUUCUGCACCUUCCAGAUGGUGCUGGAGGGCGGGGUGUGCUGCACCGUCACCCUCAACUUCAACGUGCCCGGCGAGUUCAAGCAGGACGUGACGGUGGUGGGCUCGGCCGGGCGCCUGCUGGCCGUGGGCACCGACUUGUACGGGCAGCGCAACAGCGCCCCAGAGCAGGAGCUGCUGGUGCAGGACGCCACGCCCGUGAGCAACUCGCUGCUGCCCGAGAAGGCCUUCAGCGACAUCCCCUCGCCAUACCUGCGCGGCACCAUGAAGAUGAUGCAGGCCGUGCGCCAGGCCUUCCAGGACCAGGACGACCGGCGCACGUGGGACGGACGGCCCCUCACCAUGGCCGCCACCUUCGACGACUGCCUGUAUGCGCUCUGUGUGGUGGACACCAUCAAGAGGUCCAGCCAGACCGGCGAGUGGCAGAACAUUGCCAUCAUGACCGAGGAGCCGGAGCUGAGUCCCGCCUACCUGAUCAGCGAGGCCAUGCGCCGAAGCAGGAUGUCCCUCUACUGUUAGCGGAGACUGAGGACCUGUGGGACUUGACCUUCUGUGUGGGGGCAGAGAAGGGGAAACGCAGAGGGGUGCGGGUGGUCAUGGAGAUCGUGGGAGCUGGGGAGAGCACGAGUAGAUGCAUCUGAGAAGGUGAGCCCCAGCCCAGGUAAGGGCCCCCAGUCAAGAGCGUUGGUGGGCUGAGCUCAGAGCUAGGGGCCACUGGGAAGGGCCUGCCACCCCUCACAGGUUUUCUCUGGGUUUUGCAUGAGAGGGAGGAGGCUUGGCUGCCUCGGCUGCCCUUGACUGUGAGAAGCAAGGAGGGGAUGUCCCUCCCUACCUCAUCCACCCACACACCUUGGCCUCCUUUGCAAGACAAAUGGAGGCAAGGCCAUGGGAACCAGGCGCCCGGACCCCUGCCACAGGCAGGAGGUGGCACAUCAUCUCCUGUCCUCACAAGCCCAUCAGUCUAGAGAGUUGGAAAUGAGUUAGCUAGUGAGAACGUUCAGAUUCCAAGAGGCUGCUUUGUAUUCCACUUGAAGUGUCUGAAGGGAAAAGUACUUAGAAAGGGCUUAGUUUCCUUGACUGACCUUCCUCAUGGAAGGGCUUGUCUAGUUCCUUACCCUUCUCCUGGUGGGGUAAGGGAGCCUCCUCCCUUGGCUGAGGUUGGAAAAAAGAUCAGGACUGGCCGCAGAGAGCGGGGUUCCCUUAAGCUGGAAGGGGUAAGCGAGGGUACACAUUGCGUGGGAGCAGGGGAGGCAGAGAGGAAACCAUCCCUCUGAGCUUGUCAACAGUGGCUCCGAGAGGCCACCUUGUGCCCUUUCCAGUAAGGGCAGAGCGAGUGUGAGAGCCAUUCAUCUCUGGAGUGGCCUGGUGGUCUGCCACCUGGCUCUCCAGGCAGCACAGCCAACACCACACCAAGAGCGGGUUUGACUGAGUUCUCCAGAGCUGGGUCAGCCACGUGCCCCAGUGUUGCAGCAUGAGUCCCCAAACAGGGCAAAUGAGUGUAGCUGGGAGUUGCUUUGGGCUCUGGGAAAGCCAGCUUGGUGGAUGUAAAAGGGAAGCCUUCAGUUCCACGCAGAAUCCUAUUUCCUUAAGAAGGGGAGACAGGCUUUUCCCCUUAGCUUUGGCCUUAGCUUCCAGAAUUCUGACACCUGAAAACUUUUGAAUACCUAUUAAACAACGAUAAUAAGGAACAUGAUUUUCAGUAUUUCUAAAACGGGGGUUUGGAGCCCUCAGUGGGAUGUACGUGGGGUGGAGAAGGCUGACAUUUGAAAAAACAUCUUCUGCUUGCCCCUGGCUCUCUUGUAUUUUCACCCACUCUACUGAGCUUUCAUAGCGACAGCCAACUGCAAGCUCCGAGUGGGCAGUGCCAAAAGGGAACAUCCAGUGGCAUGGCACGCACACGUUUAUAAACGCUUACCAUCAUCAAACAUCACCAAAAUCAGCCUAAAAAACUCAGGUCUGAUCUUGAAAGAGAGACCGAGUCAAGUACAUUUUGAAACGUGGAAUUGUUAUCUUUGCUAACCCUUCGCACCGCCCCCCACUGGCCCCGUAAUACAUUCGUGAGGCUGGGUGUGGGGACUAGUCUGCAUGGCUUUGGUUCACAGACUGACUGGAGUCGAACAGGUGUCUUUGGUGUACAAUCGAGGAGAGGACUUCCUUUCCCAUAAGUGGCAGUAGAACUCGGAGGGACUAUGAAGGCCCUAGAGCCCACCCCCAGCCUCUCAAAGGGCAACAUCUGAAAAGGAACAGAGGUGUCCUCCUCUCUGGGCUCAAUGCACUUCAAAGCUCCCGGGCUGCUCCUACUCACAGGAAUAGUCCUGGAUGUGUCCAAGCACCCGGGGACCUUGUUCACCUUCCAGGUCUCGCUCUCCUGGGAAGAAUCGCCCCGCUCCCCAGGGCCCUCCUGCCACAUGCUGGGGUUAGUUAGUGGAAGCUGUCUGUGACAUGGUCACGCUCCCUGAGGGGCUGACACACUUCAGAAGGGCAGACGUGGUGGAUUGCAGGCGCAGGUUGGAGCGAAAGGCCCCAUUUGUGGAUUGUUUGGAUUUCUGUUCUAAACUGCCCUCUGGAGAAGUAGUUUUUGUGGAAACAGUAGAAAGAAUUUUUUUUUUCUUCCUAGCUUGCCUGAAAGACUGUGAUUAAGGAUGAAGGGAAAUAAAACUAGAUGACUCUACAGGUUUCAUUUUUUGACAUCAUUUAUAGUCUUAAGUAGAUAGUCUUGGUGUUUCAAUUUUGUGUUUCUGUGCUUAACCAUAAUACUUGAGAGAUUCCCCUACCCCUGCAAAGGCCUCAGAGCUCUGUGAUAAAAAAACAAAACAAAAAUUUGCAUUUGAGGCCAGGGGAUAGAGAAGGAAUAUAUAUUCUUUAAAGAAGCAUGAAAAAUAUUUUUAGUAAGUGUACUCAGACUUUUUCUACUGAUAUGCAUGUAGUAGGUAGAUACAGAAAUGAGAGGAAGAAAAGACCUAGGUAGUCCAUUUUUUAGUACAAAAAAAAAAAUGACAGCAAAUGAAUUUAAAAUACUUUGGUGUUCUGUUAUACUGGAGGCAGCCCCUUAAGGUCCUCACGUUCAGUUUCCCUUUGCCUCUCUGGUACCCUGCAUUGUGUGGAUGCCACUGAUCACCUCUACAAAAGUCCUAAAUUCCAAGUUCUCAGAGAGGAGGUAGGCAGGCCCAGGUGUUAAGGGAAUGCCCAGGGCUGGUUUGGAAACUCUGGAGUCUGUGACCACUGUUUCUCUAGGCCUUCUCCCCUUGCUGGGAAGAUUGCAUCCUGGGACCCCUCGGAUCUAGCUUAGCCUACCUGGCAGCGAAUACCACUGUGUGCAGAGCAUCUCAUUCGGUCCAUAAGACCAGUCCUAUGGGGUGUUAUCACCCCUGUUGACACACUAGAAAGUGACUUGUCCAAAAUCACCCAGCCAGUAAGCAGAAGGGGGCUCACUUGAAUCCAAAACCUUUCUUCCCCAAACCACAAUUCUGUUCUGCUGUUCAGGACGUGGAAAGGGUCUGCCCUCACCUUGGGCUGAGUGGGCUAAACCUGGAGCUCUGCUCCACCGCUGCCCCGUCCUCCUGUCCAGCAGGAUGCAACAUUUGGUGUGUUGCCAGAAGGUUCAUUAUCAGAGCUGCAAAUAGAAGUAGUCAAUUUUUCUUCCCCUCCCCAAAUGGAAAUAGCACUCAGCUUCUUUUAAAAGGAACUUCCUAGUUUGAUCUUUGGUUGUAGGUGACACGGAAAAACCUCAGAGUUGGCGAUCUUCAAAACCUUGUUGACUUCAGAGAUGGCCUUAGAUUUUGCUCUGGGGGUGGGGGGCUGAGUAUAACAUAGGAAAAUAGCUUUUCUCAGGGAGUGGGGCUUUCAAGGUGAUUUUUUGUGACUGGGAUUUGAGCUGAGCAUUUGUUCCUUUGUGUUCUUUUACUCUGUACAUCUCAUAGUUGCAGCUACUGGAUUUUGACUGGUGAUUACAAAUGGGGCUUCUGAUCUGAUUUCUCUUCUUUUCACGGGCAUAGGAGGAAAUCAGCUUUGCUAACAAUAUCCUGGGGACAAAGUAAAUCCAAUCCAUGUGACGGAACUUCAAUAUCUAAUGCAUUUCAUCCCCUCAUUUUGUAUGCAGAGAGAAUGAAGGAUGGCUAACGUCACCCCAAUUCUUUAGUAGUAGGGCUGGACAAGAAGCCCAGUUUCCUGAUGAGUCCCACCUUGCUUCACACAGCACCCUCAGAGAUAGAAUGGGGAAGGGUGCAGGGAGGUGAAGUGACGUGUCUGAGCUUCCCUCUUUGGUAGAGAGGUUGGGCCUCCCUUGGACUGUAGUCCCUGAGCUCUUACAGGUGAAUUCACUUUUCACAAACUCAGUUAUGUCUCAAAUAUACUCAGAAAACUAGCUUUUAAAAUCUUUCCAUUGUGACUAUAAUGUGAAUAAUCUCUAAUUUGUAUUUUAUUUGGUAAGGAUGGGGACGUUAAUUCGGAUUUUUCACCUUUGGGAUUUCCUGAGGCCCACCCCAACUAGCUUAGAAGUCCUUUUCCACCCUCUACCUGUAAAACCCAGGGAAGAAGUCAUGACACUGGGUAGCUUGUGGGGUGAUAGGAGAUCAACUAUCAGAACCCCAUAUUUUAAUUCCAUUAUGGGGAGAGGGAGGAGAGUGAUGAAAGAUGUCAUAUAGGUAUAAAUCGUGAGCCCAGAGACUCCACCAGUAGGGAUAGUCCGGAUGGACUGGAACUUCCAGGACAUCUCUCCAGAGGAAUUGAGACCCCCCGUGCUUCUCUAAAUAAAUUGAUGGGUUUGGUGUUCCCACUGGAGUCUGGCCGUAAAGUCAGUGCCAGAGCUGAGUGACCACAUGAGUCAGGAGUGGAAGGCAGUAGCCUGACAUUUUUCUCCCCUGAGUCACGCACGGAGCCUAUCUGCUGGAGCCCUUCAGAGGGUGGCCGAAGAGGCUGGCUCUCCUUCAGCCACCUCAAGGAUUGCAUUAUUGAAUACUCUGCUUUCUGCUACAUGCCUCUGUUUCCACCAGCAGUGAACAGAACAACAAAAAGAACCUGCUGAACACUCGGCCUGAUGAUUAGCACAGCCAUCCGAGCUCACCUGGGCAGGUGUUGGCAGGAAGUUCACAAGAGCCAUGGAGUCUUGUUGUCUCUGUCUCCCCCCUUCUCUGUCCAGCUCUCUGUUGUCCUCUGCAGCCACCUCAAGGGCUAAGUCAUUGAAUGAGCCCCUUGGUUCCUCCUUAUAAACGCAGUGAUUUAUUUGUGAUGCUGAGUCUAAUCCCAGGUUAAGAAACAAAAGCUUGUGACCUGACCUGCUCCUUAGUCUGCCCUGUGCCUUGUCCAGGGGAGGGAGAAGUUUCUAGCAAUUAUGACUUUGUUUGCUGCCUGGUGCUUUUAUUGUACUUCAUUUGUUCUGUGUGUAUGCAUUUUUUUUUUUAAACAAAAUUUGCAUUGGGUUUGGUCGUCAUCGUCAAGUAUGUAUUUAUUGUGUUUUACAAACAUGAGUAUAUAUGUAUGUAUAUGUAUAAAAGCAAACUUAUAUAUAUAAAGUCAAGGCAUGUAUACUAGAUAUUUUAAAGAGUUAUUUAUCAAGGGGAAAAGAUGUGUGUUAUAAAGUAAACAGAGUCUAUAUUUUAUAUAUAAUGUAGAUAGCAAAAAUAGCUUAUAAAUUAUAGAAGGUUUUGGGUUUUCUUUUUUAUUAUUAAAGAAAAAAAACAGACAAUGAAUGCAACUGUUCCUAGUGUUUUAAAAGUCAAAUUACUGUGGGAGUUGGAGGCAGC